CAAAGUGGAUAUGAUUUCUUAUCUUCCCCAUAUAAACUCCCAUUCCCAUUUCUCACCCUCAAACAAUCAUCAACUUUUCAGUCUUCCACCCGAAAAAAUGGACACUCUAUCCCUCACUCCUCACCUCUCCCGCCUUAAACUCACCCUCCCUCCGGCCUCGCCACCACCCAGUUUCCUCUCUCCUCGCCCUCUCCUCCUUCGCCACCGCUCCCUCACUUUCUCUCUCUUCGCUGUCCAACCCCAACAACAACCACCCACCACCACAACCUCCUACGACUCCUAUAACGAAGACGAAUCCUACGGCGAAGUUAAUCGUAUUAUUGGCAGCCGUGUUUCCCCUAACUCACCAACCACCAUGGACUACCUCGUCGAAUGGAGAGACGAGCACGCCCCUACCUGGGUCCCCUCCAACUACAUCGCUAGCGACGUCGUUUCAGAGUACGAAACCCCUUGGUGGACUGCCGCCAAGAAGGCCGACGCUUCCGGGCUCGAGAACAUCCUCGCCCAGCCCGAGUCAGCCCGAGACGUCGACGCUGUGGACUCCGAUGGGCGCACAGCCUUACACUUCGUCUCCGGGCUUGGGUCCGAACCGUGCGUCGCCCUCCUCGCCUCGUACGGCGCUGAUGUCAACAAGAAGGACGUGACAGGUGGAAGCCUCACACCACUCCACAUGGCAGCGGGAUACGCGAGGCCUGACGCCGCGCGCGCUCUCAUCGAAGCCGGCGCGGAUUCUGAUUUAGAAGACGACAAGGGACGCACACCGUUGGAUCUGGCGCGGGAAAUCCUAGCCGUUACUCCAAAGGGGAAUUUAAUGCAAUUUGGAAGAAGAAUGGGGUUGGAAAACGUAGUGAAAAUAUUAGAGGGAGCCAUUUAUGAAUACGCAGAAGUUGAGGGGGUUUUGGAGAAAAGAGGAAAAGGUGAGAAUUUAGAGUAUUUGGUGAAAUGGAGAGAUGGGGGAGAGAAUGAUUGGGUUAAAGCUGGGCUUAUUGCAGAGGAUUUGGUGAGAGAUUUUGAAGAUGGACUUGAGUAUGCCGAGGCCCAAGGCGUGAUCGGGAAGAGAGUUGGAGAUGAUGGCGAAAGAGAGUUUUUGGUGAAAUGGGUUGAUUUUGAGGAUCCCACAUGGGAGCCUGAGGCGAAUGUGGAUCCUGAUUUGAUCAAGGAUUUUCAAGACUCCGAAAAUAAUAGUACUAGCAAUAGUAACUCGAGUAUUGGCACUUGAUUCUUUUGGUUUUCGAAUGUAGUGUAUGAUUGUGUAUUUGAGUCAAACGUACUUAAUUGUAGAAAAUAGAGAAGCAAAGACAUUAAUUAUAUUUUUGAAACCAAAUUUGUCAAAAUAAAACAAGACAAAACAUGAUUACAUUUUGAGUUUUCUA